AUGGCGCAGCCUCAAGCCCCGUCCAAUCCAAACAUGAAUCGGUCGCUAGAUUAUCUCAAGCAGGUUCAGGAAACGUUCAGUGCAGACUCCGAGACCUACCAGAGCUUCCUCAAGAUCCUCAAAGACUACUACGACGCCUUUCGAAGCGACAUCGAGGCCGUGGUCGCACAGCACCAGGCGGCCAAGAAGGCGGGUGCUACAGCAGACCCGGCCGCAAAGCAGGAGUCGGACGAGGAUGUGGCCAAGAAGAGAAACGACCGGACAGCUAAGGCUCUGGAGGAUGUCAAGACUCUAUUCGUGGGCCACGAUGACCUGAUUCGGGGCUUUGAGGAAUUCCUCCCUGGUCCUUCGGAAAAGACGUCGGUUUGA